AUGAACCCGAACAACAUCUCGAACCUGCUCGCCGAGACGAAGGACCUGGCGCUCACGCGGAGCCUGCUCAACGCGACGGGCGCCAUCUCCGACGCCACGGCGCCGGGCCAGCACACGCUCGCGACCGCGCUGAACCGCGCGAACCUGGGCAACUUCGUCGACGAGGUCAUGAAGUUCCAGACGUGCUCGCCGGGCCACAAGCUCGUCCGGCGCUUCGUGGUCGACGCGUCGGAAGCGGUGUGCCACUCCCAGUUCAGCUUCCGCGAGAAGAAGGUCGGCGGCGCGAUCAUCGCCAUCGACCACACGCUCAAGACCCUCAAGGGCCAGAAGGUCGCCCAGGAGAAGGUCUCGAAGAACCGGCUCACGGUCUGGUCGAACGAGCUGGGCGCGCCGAUGAUUGCGCUGUCCACGGCCACGACCUCGAUGGACGACGAUGCCUUCGUCGCCGCCGCGAACUGCUACGGCACGCUCCUCGUCGACGGCCGCGCGCCGCCGAAGCUCUGCUUCCUCGACAACCCGGCGAGGGACGCCGGCGGCGUCCUGCGGCGCUUCGACUCGCUCAAGGACACGUCGGCGCCGGAGAAGUUCUCCUGGUCCGGGCCCGUGGUCUGCAUCGACGACGCGGCGGGCGACGCGCGGGCGCUCGCGGCUCUCCGCGACGUCCGCCGCGUCGCGGUCGACAUGGAGUGGCGCGCGCAGCCGCUGUCCGACGUGAGUCUCGUCCAGAUCGGCGUCAAGGACACCGUGUACCUCUGGCGCGUCAAGGACUCGGUCCCCGCGGGGCUCGCGGCCAUCCUCCGGAACGAGGGCAUCGAGAAGAUCGGCGUCAACUUCCAGGGCGACAUCACGCGCCUGACGAAGCAGUACGAGGGCGUGGAGGUCAAGGGCGAGAUCAUCGAGCUCUCCGACCUUGCGAACGACACGCUGAAGAGCCAGAAGCGCCGCUGGUCCCUCGCGGACUUG